GUGUAAAUAUAUACUUUAAAUUUAUACAUAAUAGAAAAAAAUUGUUUGAAAUUUUUCAACCACAUAAUUGUUUUGUAAAAAGAAAGAGAAUUAUUUUUCCAAAACAAAGUCAUUCUUUAUGCACCCUCUAUCCCAUAAGUAAUUUAUGGGUUCAAUGGUUGCAUAAUUAAACAUUCUUCCCUUUGGAAUUAUCGCAAAUUGAAAGCUUCAAAGAAAUUCACAACUAUAAAUAGCAUCACCUACAUUUCAAGAUUUCCACCAACCAAUCUUCCAACCAACCUCCAACUCUGCAAAAAUUAUUCAGACAAUCCCAUUUGAUCGCAGCUUCUGAAGGUGAGGAGAAAUGGCACGCAAGAAGAUCAGAGAGUAUGAUUCCAAGAGAUUGUUGAAGGAGAAAUUCAAGAGGCUAGGUGGUUAUGAUUUGGCUAUCAAAUCUGCCCAAGUUACAGAUUCAACUGAUUUCAAUGAGCUGGUUGAGAAAGAGCCUUGGCUCUCCUCUACAAAGUUGGUCGUAAAGCCCGAUAUGCUUUUUGGAAAACGUGGGAAGAGCGGUUUGGUUGCGUUGAAACUAGAUCUGGCUGAAGUCGCUGUCUUUGUUAAGGAAAGGCUUGGCAAGGAGGUUGAGAUGGGAGGGUGUAAGGGUCCCAUUACUACCUUCAUUGUUGAACCCUUUGUCCCACACGAUGAAGAGUUUUACCUUAACAUCGUGUCAGAGAGGCUCGGAUGUAGCAUAAGCUUUUCAGAAUGUGGAGGAGUGGAAAUAGAGGAGAACUGGGACAAGGUCAAGACCAUAUUUGUGCCAACGGGAGCCUCUUUGACUUCGGAGCUUUGUGCUCCACUUGUCGCAACCCUUCCUCUUGAGAUCAAGGGUGUGAUUGAGGAGUUCAUUAAAGUGGUGUAUGCACUAUUUUUAGAUUUGGAUUUCAGUUUCCUUGAGAUGAACCCAUUCACAUUGGUUGAGGGAAAGCCUUAUCCACUGGACAUGAGGGGGGAACUCGAUGAUACCGCUGCUUUUAAGAACUUCAAGAAGUGGGGGAAUAUUGAGUUCCCACUGCCAUUCGGAAGAGUAAUGAGCGCUACCGAAAGCUUCAUCCACCGGCUGGAUGAGAAGACAAGUGCAUCUUUGAAGUUCACCGUCUUGAACCCAAAGGGACGAAUUUGGACCAUGGUGGCUGGUGGAGGUGCCAGCGUCAUCUACGCUGAUACAGUUGGAGACCUUGGAUAUGCAAAUGAGCUCGGAAAUUACGCUGAAUACAGUGGAGCUCCUAAUGAAGAUGAGGUUUUGCAGUAUGCCAGAGUUGUACUUGAUUGUGCAACUGCAGAUCCAGAUGGUCGAAAACGAGCCCUCGUGAUUGGUGGUGGCAUUGCAAACUUCACAGAUGUUGCUUCUACUUUUAACGGCAUUAUCCGAGCUUUAAAAGAAAAGGAAUCAAAGCUCAAGGAUGCAAGAAUGAGUAUCUUUGUUCGUAGGGGCGGUCCAAACUACCAACGUGGACUUGCUAAGAUGAGAGCCCUUGGAGAGGAAAUCGGCAUCCCCAUCGAGGUCUAUGGCCCGGAGGCAACGAUGACUGGCAUUUGCAAGCAAGCAAUUGAAUGCAUCACCGCGGCCGCUUAAACCAAAGCGAUUUACGCGCUCUUAUUUUUAUUACCACACAUUUUUAAACUUCUUUCACGUCUUUGUUACAUUCAUUACUCAUGUCCGCUUGAACAUUGUCGUGUUUCUAUUACAACAUUUCAAUUCAUGUUGUCCAAGAAUCACAUUUGUCGUAUUUCGACCUAGAAUAACGAGAUUCGUGUUUUUCGUAUUACCUUGUGAAAUUCUCUUCGUUACGACGAUGGCACCUAUUUCGGUCUUAAAAUACUUGAAUUAGACCUGACAAAUCUUAGUAACCUGACUCAUA